AUGAGACAGUACGCUGCCAAACGCAUCGGGUUGUUCAUACCCACUGUGCUGCUGGUGACGGUGAUCGUAUUCGUCGUCAUGCGGCUCAUCCCCGGCGACCCGGCGCUGGCCAUCCUCAGCGCGGACGACGCUGCCUAUACCGAGCAGGAACUGCAGGAACUUCGCGUCCAGCUGGGCACCGACCGGCCCAUCGUCGUCCAAUAUUUCGACUGGAUGAGUGGGCUGCUGCGGGGCGACUUCGGCACCUCCUUCUGGUGGAACGGCCCGGUGAUGGACCGGUUGGGCGAACGCAUCCCGGUCACCAUCGAGUUGGCCGUCCUGGGAAUCGCACUGGCGGUAGUCUGCGCCGUGCCACUGGGAGUGCUUUCGGCCAUCAAGCCGGAUAGCCCGCUUGACUACCUGUCACGCAUUUUCACCCUGGUCGGCAUAUCCAUACCGACUUUCUUCAGCGGCAUCCUGCUGACCCUGGUGCUGAUCCGCGCCUUUGGAUGGCUGCCGCCGCUGGGUUACGAAGAUUUCUGGGAAGACCCCUGGGCCAACGUCAAGCAGAUGAUGCUGCCGGCGCUGGCGCUGGGGUUCUACGACAUGGCCUUCAUCGCGCGGGUGACCCGAUCCUCCAUGAUGGAGAUCCUCCGCGAGGAUUACAUGCGGACCGCCCGCUCCAAGGGCUUGCGCGAGCGCAUCGUGCUGUCCCGCCACGGGCUCAAGAACGCAGUGUUGCCCAUCCUGACCAUAUCAGGGUGGCAAUUCGGGAGGCUCUUCGGCGGCACGGUGAUCAUCGAGCGCAUCUUCCUGAUACCGGGCAUCGGCCAGUUGCUGAUUGACGCCGUGUUCCAGCGGGACUUCCCCACAAUCCAGGCGAUUAUCGUCAUCGUGGCGGUGUCGAUCGUGGUCGUAAACCUGCUGGUUGACCUACUCUACGGGUGGCUGGACCCGCGUAUCCGUUAUGCGUAG